CUGUGAUCACAUGGAGGAAGUACUGAAAGGGGGGGACGUGGUGAGGCUCUUCCAUGCUGAGCAGGAGAAGUUCCUCACGUGUGAUGAGUACAAAGGGAAGCUGCACGUCUUCCUCCGCACCACCCUGCGGCAGUCGGCCACCUCGGCCACCAGCUCCAACGCCCUGUGGGAGGUGGAGGUUGUUCACCACGACCCGUGCCGGGGGGGAGCCGGGCACUGGAACGGCUUGUACCGCUUCAAGCACCUCGCCACGGGCAACUACCUGGCAGCAGAGGAAAAUCCAAGUUAUAAAGGAGACGUGGCUGAGCCCAAAGCAGCGCCCACGGGGGGCAGCAGCCGCGCCAGCCGCAGGAACACGGGGGAGAAGAUCAAGUACCGGCUGGUGGCCGUGCCCCACGGCAACGACAUCGCCUCCCUCUUCGAGCUGGACCCCACCACGCUGCAGAAAACAGACUCCUUCGUCCCACGGAACUCCUACGUGCGGCUGCGCCACCUCUGCACCAACACCUGGAUCCAGAGCACCAAUGUACCCAUUGACAUCGAUGAGGAGAGGCCCAUUCGCCUCAUGCUGGGCACAUGCCCCACCAAAGAAGACAAAGAAGCUUUUGCCAUCGUCUCCGUGCCCGUGUCUGAGAUCCGGGACCUGGACUUUGCAAACGAUGCCAGCUCGAUGUUGGCCAAUGUGGUGGAGAAGAUGAACGAAGGUUUUCUCAGCCAGAAUGACCGGAGGUUUGUGAUCCAGCUGUUGGAGGACUUGGUGUUUUUUGUCAGUGAUGUCCCCAACAAUGGCCAGAACGUACUGGACAUUGUGGUGACCAAGCCCAACCGGGAGCGGCAGAAGCUGAUGCGGGAGCAGAACAUCCUGAAGCAGAUCUUUGGGAUCCUGAAAGCCCCCUUCAAGGACAAGGGUGGGGAAGGGCCCCUGGUGCGGCUGGAGGAGCUGUCGGACCAGAAGAACGCUCCCUACCAGUACAUGUUCCGGCUGUGCUACCGCGUGCUGCGGCACUCCCAGGAGGACUAUCGCAAGAACCAGGAGCACAUCGCCAAGCAGUUUGGCAUGAUGCAGUCCCAGAUCGGCUACGACAUCCUGGCUGAGGACACCAUCACGGCCCUGCUGCACAACAACCGCAAGCUGCUGGAGAAGCACAUCACCAAGACCGAGGUGGAGACCUUUGUCAGCCUGGUGCGCAAGAACCGUGAGCCACGGUUCUUGGACUACCUCUCAGACCUGUGCGUGUCCAACCACAUUGCCAUCCCUGUCACCCAGGAGCUGAUCUGCAAGUGUGUGCUGGACCCGAAGAACAGUGACAUCCUCAUCAAAACUGAGUGAGUAGCUGAGCACAGAUGUUGACCACAUUCACAUCUGUACCUGAGCAUCGAGUACUCGGAGGAGGAGGUUUGGCUCACCUGGACGGACAAGAACAACGAUCACCACGAGAAAAGCAUCCGGCAGCUGGCACAGGAGGCCCGGGCUGGCAAUGCCCACGAUGAGAAUGUCCUCAGCUACUACAGGUACCAGCUGAAGCUCUUUGCCCGCAUGUGCCUGGAUCGCCAGUACUUGGCCAUCAAGGAGAUCUCCCAGCAGCUGGGUGUGGACCUGAUCUUCCUCUGCAUGGCAGAUGAGAUGCUGCCCUUUGAUCUCCGGGCGUCCUUCUGCCACCUCAUGUUACACGUGCACGUGGACAGGGACCCCCAGGAACUGGUGAUGCCCGUGAAGUUUGCACGGCUCUGGACCGAGAUCCCCACAGCCAUCACCAUCAAAGACUAUGACUCCAACCUCAAUGCCUCACGGGACGACAAGAAGAACAAGUUUGCCAGCACCAUGGAGUUUGUGGAGGACUACCUCAACAACGUGGUGAGCGAGGCCGUGCCCUUUGCCAACGAGGAGAAGAACAAGCUCACCUUCGAGGUUGUCAGCCUUGCCCACAACCUCAUCUACUUCGGCUUCUACAGCUUCAGUGAGCUGCUGCGCCUGACACGGACACUGCUGGGUAUCAUUGACUGUGUCCAGAACCCCCAGCUGAUGAUGCAGACAGUCUACAACGACGAGGUGACAGGGAAGAACGUGAGGAGAUCGAUCCAGGGAGUUGGGCAGAUGAUGUCCACCAUGGUGCUGAGCAGGAAGCAGUCCAUCUUCAGCCCUCCAAGCCUCAGUGCUGGGUCUGCCCCAGAGCAAGUGGACAGAGGGAGGAGCAUUGAGAAUGAGAACAUUGUGGUGAUGGAGACCAAGCUGAAGAUUCUGGAGAUCUUGCAGUUCAUCCUGAAUGUGCGGCUGGACUACAGGAUUUCCUACCUGCUUUCUGUCUUCAAGAAGGAGUUUGUGGAAGUCUAUCCCAUGCAGGACAGUGGCUCUUCCUCUCCUGAAGAUGAGGCUCUAACGGCCAAUGCAGCUGUCCCUGUCAGCCCCGAGGUGGGGCUGAGUGCACCCAAGCUCCCACCUGGCCCCUGUAACACCCAACGCUUUCAUCCCGGCUUCAGGAAGACGAGCAGCAUGUUAGAGGUGGAUGACGAGGGAGGGAGGAUGUUUCUGCGGGUUCUGAUCCACCUGACCAUGCACGACUACCCACCACUCAUCUCCGGCUCCCUGCAGCUCCUCUUCAAGCACUUCAGCCAGAGGCAGGAGGUCUUGAACACCUUCAAACAGGUUCAGCUCCUCAUCUCGGCCCAGGAUGUGGAGAACUACAAGGUGAUCAAGUCAGAGCUGGACAAACUCCGCACCAUGGUGGAGAAAUCGGAGCUCUGGGUGGACAAGAAGGGCAGCAGCAAAGGGGACAGCACAGUGGAGGGCAACAAGAAGGAGAAGAAAGAGGUGAGCACCCUGAAGAAGAGCAGUGAGAACUACCAGAUAGUCAAAGGGAUCCUGGAGCGGCUGAAUAAGAUGUGUGGGGUGGGAGAGCAAGUGCGCAAGAAGCAGCAGCGCCUGCUGAAGAACAUGGAUGCCCACAAAGUGAUGCUGGAUCUGCUGCAGAUCCCGUACGAGAAGGGUGAUGCCAAGAUGAUGGAGAUCCUGAAAUUCACCCACCAGUUCCUGCAGAAGUUCUGUGCUGGCAAUCAGGAAAACCAGGCCCUGCUGCACAAACACCUCAACCUGUUCCUGACCCCAGGGCUCCUGGAGGCUGAGACCAUGCAGCACAUCUUCCUCAACAACUACCAGCUCUGCUCGGAGAUCAACGAGACGGUGCCUCAGCAUUUCAUCCACUGUGUGGCCACCCAUGGCCGCCACGUGCAGUACCUGGACUUCCUGCACACCAUCAUCAAGGCCGAGGGCAAGUACGUCAAGAAGUGCCAGGACAUGAUCAUGACUGAGCUCACCAACGCUGGGGACGACGUGGUGGUUUUCUACAAUGACAAGGCUUCGUUGGCCACCCUCUUGGAGAUGAUGACAGCAGCCAGGGAUGGGGUGGAGGAGAACAGCCCGCUGAUGUACCACAUCUCCCUGGUGGACCUGUUGGCUGCCUGUGCCGAGGGCAAGAAUGUCUACACUGAGAUCAAGUGCACGUCCCUGCUGCCCUUGGAGGACGUGGUGCGGGUGGUGACACAUGAGGAUUGCAUCACGGAGGUCAAGAUGGCCUAUGUCAACUUUGUCAACCACUGCUAUGUGGACACGGAGGUGGAGAUGAAGGAGAUCUACACCAGCAAUCACAUCUGGACUCUUUUUGAGAACUUCACCCUGGACAUGGCCCAGGUGUGUGGGGAGGAGAAGCGCCUCCCGGACCCCACGCUGGAGAAGUACGUGCUGACGGUGGUGCUGGACACCAUCAACGCCUUCUUCAGCUCCCCCUUCUCAGAGAACAGCACCUCUCUGCAGACCCACCAGACCAUUGUGGUGCAGCUUCUCCAGUCCACCAUGAGGCUGCUGGAGUGUCCCUGGCUGCAGCAGCAGCACAAGAGCUCACUGGAAGCCUGCAUCCGCACGCUGGCCAUGGUUGCCAAGAGCCGCUCCAUCGCGCUGCCCAUGGACCUGGAUGCCCAUGUCAGCUCCCUGCUCAACAGCAGCUCCACCAGCACGGUGCAGAGGAACACAGCCAACUACAAGGCAGCCACACGGACCUUCCCCCGUGUCUCCACCACCCCCAACCAGUGGGACUACAAGAACAUCAUAGAGAAGCUGCAGGACAUCAUCAAUGCCCUGGAGGAUCGCUUGAAGCCGCUGGUGGAGGCUGAGCUGUCCGUGCUGGUGGACGUCCUGCAUCGGCCGGAGCUGCUGUUCAUGGAGGGCACGGAGGCGUUUCAGCGGUGCGAGAGCGGAGGGUUCCUCUCCAAGCUGGUGCAGCACACCAAGGACCUGAUGGAGACGGAGGAGAAGCUGUGCAUCAAGGUGCUGAGGACGCUGCAGCAGAUGCUGGUGAAGAGGAACAGAUACGGCGAGAGGGUGAGCACCGUGGGCAACCUGCUGCGGAAAAUGCUCAUGAACAAUUACCUGCAGAACAAGAAGUCCAGCUCCAAAGGAGAAAUGGCAGAUGCUGCUGGGGGAGGCCAAGACCAGGACUGGUCUGCUAUCGCUGCUGUCCAGUGCCGCCUGGACCGAGAAGGGGCCACCAAGUUGGUGGCUGACCUCAUCAUGAACACCAAGAACGAGAAGAUCUUCCAAGAGAGCAUCCUGCUGGCCAUCCGGCUGCUGGACGGGGGCAACACGGAGAUCCAGAAAUCCUUUUACAACCUCAUGACGAGCGACAAGAAGUCUGAGAAGUUCUUCAAAGUUCUGCACGACCGGAUGAAGAAGGCCCAGCAGGAGACCAAGUCCACAGUGUCUGUGAACAUGAGUGACAUCGGGAACAAGCCUCGUGAGGACAAGGAGGAGCCUGACCCUGCCACCAAAGGACGAGGAGAGACCUUCCUGAUGCCUGGCACCCCCACCCGCUUCCCCGUGGCCAUGGGGUUUCGGAAGGGCCACGACACGGGGGAGCAGGGUCAGAACAAUGAGAUGGGGGUGACAGUCCUGAUCAUGGAGCCCAUCCUGAGGUUCCUGCAGCUGCUCUGCGAGAACCACAACCGGGACCUGCAGAACUUCCUCCGGUGCCAGAACAACAAGACUAACUACAACCUGGUGUGUGAGACCCUGCAGUUCCUUGACAUCAUGUGUGGAAGCACCACAGGGGGGCUGGGGCUGCUGGGCCUCUACAUCAACGAGUACAACGUGGCCCUCAUCACCCAGACCCUGGAGACCCUGACCGAGUACUGCCAAGGGCCCUGCCAUGAGAACCAGAGCUGCAUCGUGACCCACGAGUCCAACGGGAUUGACAUCAUCACAGCCCUCAUCCUCAACGACAUCAGCCCCCUCUGCAAGUACCGCAUGGACCUGGUCCUGCAGCUGAAGGACAAUGCUUCCAAGCUCCUCUUGGCCCUCAUGGAGAGCAGACACGACAGCGAAAACGCUGAGAGGAUCCUCAUCAGCCUCCGCCCGCAGGAGCUGGUCGAUGUGAUUAAGAAGGCCUAUCUGCAGGAGGAGGAGUGUGAAAAUGCUGAGGUUUCCCCCCGGGAAGUUGGUCACAACAUUUACAUCCUGGCGCUGCAGCUGUCACGACACAACAAGUCUCUGCAGCAGCUCCUGAAGCCAUCGACGGCCCCAGUCCAGGAAGAAGAGGAGGAUCCACUGGCAUAUUAUGAGAAACACACCUCCCAGAUUGAGAUCGUGCGCCUGGACCGGAGCAUGGAGCAGAUCAUCUUCCCAGUGCCUGGAAUCUGUGAGUUCCUCACCAAGGAGACCAAGUACCGACUCUUCACCACCACGGAGCAGGAUGAGCAAGGCAGCAAAGUCAGUGAUUUCUUCGACCAGUCGUCCUUCCUGCACAACGAGAUGGAAUGGCAGAAGAAGCUGCGCAGCAUGCCGCUGAUGUACUGGUUCUCCCGCAGAAUGACCCUCUGGGGAAGCAUUUCCUUCAACCUGGCUGUCUUCAUCAACAUAAUCAUUGCUUUCUUCUACCCCUAUGUUGAAGCCACUUCCAUGGGAGUGCUGGAUUCCCCACUGAUCUCACUGCUCUUCUGGAUUCUGAUCUGCUUCUCCAUCAUGGCCCUGUUCACCAAGCGUUACGGUGUGCGGCCGCUGCUCGUGGCUCUGAUCCUCAGGUCCAUCUAUUACCUGGGGAUCGGGCUCACCCUGAACAUCCUGGGAGCCCUCAAUCUGACCAACAAGAUUGUGUUUGUGGUGAGCUUCGUGGGCAAUCGUGGGACCUUCAUCCGGGGCUACAAGGCCAUGAUCAUGGACGUGGAGUUUCUUUACCACGUUGGCUACAUCGUGACGAGCGUCCUGGGCCUCUUUGUGCACGAACUCUUCUACAGCAUCCUGCUGUUUGACUUGAUCUACCGUGAGGAGACCUUGUUUAAUGUCAUCAAGAGCGUGACGCGCAACGGCCGCUCCAUCCUGCUGACAGCCCUGCUGGCCCUCAUCCUCGUCUACCUCUUCUCCAUCGUGGGCUUCCUGUUCCUGAAGGAUGACUUCAUCCUGGAGGUGGACCGGCUGCCAGAGACCAAAGCCAAAGAUGACCCCUUGGGGAUGCAAAGGAACAUGGAGACCUUCAUGGAAUCAUGCAGCGGGGACAAAAUUAGCUGCUCUGCUGUGCCCACUGCCUUGGAAGAGGCAGAGGCUGACCAGUGGGAACGUGCCUGUGACACGCUGCUCAUGUGCAUUGUCACUGUCCUGAACCACGGCCUGAGGAACGGCGGGGGCGUGGGGGACAUCCUGAGGAAGCCAUCCAAGGAUGAGUCCUUGUUUCCUGCUCGGGUUGUCUAUGACCUCCUCUUCUUCUUCAUUGUCAUUAUCAUUGUCCUUAACCUCAUCUUUGGGGUCAUUAUUGACACCUUCGCUGAUCUGAGGAGCGAGAAGCAAAAGAAGGAGGAGAUACUGAAGACCACCUGCUUCAUAUGUGGACUGGAAAGGGACAAGUUUGACAACAAGACUGUGUCCUUUGAGGAGCACAUUAAAUAUGAGCACAACAUGUGGAACUACUUGUACUUCAUCGUCCUGGUGCGAGUGAAGAACAAGACGGACUACACGGGGCCUGAGAGCUACGUGGCACAGAUGAUAAAGAACAAGAACCUUGACUGGUUCCCCCGGAUGCGAGCCAUGUCGCUGGUCAGCAAUGAAGGGGAAGGGGAACAGAACGAGAUCCGAAACCUGCAAGACAAACUCAACACCACCAUGAAGCUGGUGUCCCACCUCACCUCCCAGCUGAACGAGCUGAAGGAACAGAUGACAGAGCAACGGAAGCGCAGGCAAAGGAUGGGUUUUGUGGAUGUCCAGAAUUCCAUGAACCACUAA